CCUUUCCUCAUGACUUCUCUGCACAGCCAGUUCCCAUUGACAUGGUUUGCCACUGCCCGGUUGUUGGUCGCUCAAUGUUGCCUCCCUGUGCUACAGUUCCCCAUCAUGAGGUAGUCCCCGUGUCCACCAAACCAGCCGUUCCUCACUCACCAAUCUCUUCGUCGACUCCUACCUCCACACCUCGUUCUCCCACUCAAAGCCCCAGUCCAACCUCCAACCCUACCGUCACCCCCACCAUAGCUGAAUUGGACUCCUCUCCUCCUGUAUCCUCCAACCACACCACUUCUAAUAAUCUCUCACCACCAUCGCCUCCCCCACCUAUCCGUACUCAUCCCAUGGUCACCCGUUCUCAAAACAACAUCUUUAAACCAAAGACCUUACAUCAUGCAACCAUGGCCUCCCCACUCCCUUCACCUGAACCCACUUUUAGUCGCCGGUGGCCUCUUAAGCAAUUGGAUGUGAAUAAUGCCUUUUUACAUGGUGAUCUUGAUGAAGAGCUCUAUAUGCAGCAACCUACUGGCUUUAUUGAUCAGACUCAUCCCUCACAUGACCUAUUACAAAAGUCGGGUAUGACUGAGGCUAAACCCGUGGCUACUCCGCUAGCUUCCACUUCCAAUUUGCUUCUCAACACCGGCGUCACUCUUACAGAUGGUUCAGACUAUAGAAAGCUUGUCGGUUCUCUUCAGUAUCUUACUCUCACACGGCCUGACAUUUCCUUUGCUGUUAGUCGUCUCUCACAGUUCAUGCACAAACCCACUGAUGUUCAUUGGCAGGCUCUUAAGCGAGUUUUACGCUAUCUUCGUGGCAUUGCCUCUCAUGGGAUCCUUCUCCGGCCACAACAGUCCCUCUCUAUUCAUGCCUUUUCUGAUGCAAACUGGGCUGGGGACCGUGACACUUGUCUCUCCACAACCGGAUACAUUGUUUUUCUUGGUGGGAAUCCCAUUUCGUGGAGAGCGGCCAAACAGCAUGCCGUUGCUCGUAGCUCCAACGAAGCAGAGUACCGAGCCUUAGUUGUGUCUUCCUCUGAGCUUGUCUGGGUUAUUCAUCUGCUGAAUGAACUCGGCGUUCCCAUCACCAAUCCUCCUGCUCUCUAUUGUGACAAUGUGAGCGCCACUUAUUUAAGUAGUAAUCCAGUUCUGCAUUCUCGGAUGAAGCACAUUGCCAUCGAUCUUCAUUUUGUGUGUGACUUGGUUGACAAAAAGAUUCUGCGCAUCUCCCACAUUGCUUCCACCGACCAACUUGCUAAUGGGUUCACUAAGCCCCUUCCUUCUACCAGGUUUCUUUGUUUACGGGACAAGAUUGGUGUUGCUGAUGGCACCUCCAUCUUGCAGGGGCAUGUUAAGGAAACCAAAUCUGUAUCAUAGCAUAUUAAUAUUUUGUUUAAGCUCACAUUCAUUCUCUGUAUAAUAUCCAAGAUUGUGAUUCACUUGCCUUAUGUGGUAGGGCAAGACAUAGGCUCCAACUGUAUAUAUACUCUUGAUAUAUUCGUAAAUAUAUCAGUUCUUCAUAUACUUUGAUUCUAUAUGCAUGAGGACUGUUUGAUGGAUCAUGAUGUAAUAAUAAUAUGAACUACUGUUUAUGGAUUCUGAUGAUGUGUUCUGUGGGAUAUACAGUAGAAGGCAAUUUGGGUUGCGAAUUUAAUGUAAUUAUCGUACAUAAUUUGGUUUUACUGAGAUAAAUGGAAGAUAUCUGG